AUGGAGCCCGAUGUGGUAAUGUGGAAGGCUAUAGUGGCUGCUUGCAGAGUUCAUGGCAACACUGAAUUGGGAGAGAAAGCUGGUCAUAGGCUCAUUGAAGUAGCUCCGAAUGACCAUGCUGGUUAUGUAUUGCUAUCAAACAUAUAUGCGAAAGGUAAUGACUUCAAUGGUGUGCAUGAGGUGAGGAAGAUGAUGAUGGACAGAGGUGUCAAGAAAGUGCCAGGCUGCAGCUCUGUCGAAGUAGGCGGGGAGGUUCAUGAGUUCAUAGCCGGAGACGGCUCACAUUCAAGGAAGGAGGACAUUUAUGUGAUGCUCGGUGAGAUGGCGGAGCGGCUGAAGCUCGCAGGAUAUAAGCCUGACAUGGAGCAAGUUUUGUUAGACAUCGAUGAAGAUGAAGCGAAGGAGAGUUCAUUGUCACUCCACAGCGAGAAGUUAGCGAUUGCUUUCAGUCUUGUAAGCACUGAAGCGAGUUCUACAAUAAGAAUAGUGAAAAAUCUGAGAGUCUGUGGGGAUUGCCAUGCUGCCAUUAAGCUUCUAUCAGUGAUCUAUGACCGAGAUAUAAUUGUGAGAGACUCUAGCCGUUUUCACCAUUUCCAGAAGGGUUCUUGUUCUUGUGGGGACUAUUGGUAA